UCAAGUCUGGAGGCCCCCCAGAAAAAACGUCUGGACGGGGGAUUUUUUAUGCCGAGCUUCUGCUAAAUAAAGACCGUCCAAUGAUUAAGCAUGAACCGACCAUUAAGCUCAAUCGCUGCGAAGCAAGCCUGCAACACAUUCUGACAGAAAUGCCGGAAUGGAGUAUAGAUUUGCGUUGGGGCUUUUCAAGGUAAUUAGGGUAAUUUGUCGGGUUCGAUCCUGAGACCUCUGGAUUAUUUGGGGUUGAGAUGAAAUGAUGGAGAUUAGGGCAAAUUUGAGGUAUUGGCUGGCGGAGCAGCCCACGGUGGCGCAUUUUCGGUGGGAUCAUCAUGCCUGGGGAUCUACUUGGCUGUUUUUAGUGGUGGCCAUUGCUUCUUAUCUGUUACUCAUUUUGUUCCUGAAGAUUGUCCUUCUGCACAGAAAAAAUCCGCUACCUUUAGGGCCGAUUCCUGCACUACAUAAUCUGUGUGUGGUUUUGGCGUCCCUGGCUAUAUUUGUCGGGUGUUUGGAGGCGACGGCGGUGGAAAUUAGGGAAACACGGUGGAUUUGGCGGAGGUCGAAGAAGAGCGCGGUGGAAUGGAUAAUGUGUUUCCCGCUAGGCACUCGGCCCUCCGGGCGGGUGUUCUUCUGGUCGUAUAUAUAUUACCUGACAAAGUAUCACCAGCUCUUUGAUACGGUCAUUUGGAUGCUGCUUAAGAAGCCUUUGACUUUCCUGCAUGUGUUCCAUCAUGUAAUGGUGCUCUGUAUGUGUUUUGUUUGGCUGGAGUUUUCGCAGUCUCUGCAGAUCGUGGGAAUACUGGCGAAUACGCUCGUCUAUGCUGUAAUAUAUUCGUAUUUUCUGUGGAGGAAUAUGGGAUUGCCGUACAAAUCUACGGAUGUGGCGGCUAGGUUGCAGCUUGUGCAUCUUGUGUUUACUGUGGUGGCUUAUAUCGGGCUUUUGGGGCUGCAUUUCAGGAGGGAGGAAGGGUGUAAUGGCAUGGGUGCUUGGCUUUUUAAUGCCUUUCUGAAUGUUGCUCUUGUUAUGCUGUUUCUUAAUUUUUAUGUGAAAAAGUAUUAUAAAAGCUCUAAAGCAAUCAAGGAUGUGGAUUCUCCCUGCAAAAGGACUAAACAAUUAUAGCAAAUUUGGGUUUCCAUUUUUAUCUGUGCUUCUUUUUUUUGGGUUGAAUGAGGGGUUUAAGGAUCUGGGAAUUUGUAUUGGGAGGAUAAGCAAUGAAUUUAUCCUUCCUGUAGUUGUUGUACUCUGUAUGAUUUGUAUGUAUAUAGGAUCUUACAGUUCUGGAUGCCA